AUGACCGUCUUUGAUUUGGCGGAUAUGACGGUGGCCUAUGUGCAGUAUAUAUACAUCCUUGUCUCUAUCUCACCGACGAGCUUUCCCGACUUUUACGUGGAACCCUUUCGGAGUCUCCGCUACGUCAGUCUUGAGUUUAUGGACAGCUUUAGUAAAGAAAAUCGUUACAGAAACCCCCUGGAAAUCAAGUUGCCAGACUGGCUACCGCUAGACUACCGUUUGCAAUUUGCCUUUAUUGUGGUUUUUGCGCCCUUCUUGGUGUCUCUUAUUGGCGUCCUCACAGUCUGCUCGACGCUGGCCUUUGGAUGGGCCGUUCUGACCUUGGCCGCCCUCUUUUCGAUGGUGUUUGGGGCGGUCUUGCUUGCGCAGCCGUGGAUCCACUCGACAGAGUCCCUUCCGAAACAGACCCGGGUGCUACUCCUGAGCGUUGGAGCGGCGUCCACCGCGGUGCUCAUCCUAAUCGGGGCCCUCGGUGUCCACUGCCGGCGGCUGCGUCGCAUGCGUGAGCAGGAGGCGAUUAUGCUGGACAUCACCACUGAGAGGAAUGAGCCGGCGUGGGCUACCUCACUUGCGGAAAAGGCUGUGACGCGCUCAGAGACCAAUCGGCGGGCGCUUGCCGCCUUGACGGCGUAUGAGGAUAGCAAUAAGCGUUACCUGCGCCGUUUCCACCUUGCCGUGAUGCUGCCCCAGCUCGUCGUGGCGGUGGUCGUUGUGAUGAGUGGUGUUGUAUUUGCCGGGCUGCCGCCGAUACAGGAGAUCCGUUUUCUUCAAUUCAGCCCCGUUGGGCACGCCACCGGUUCUAUCCUGGUGUUGACAGGCCUUAUUACUGUUGUCUGGGCCAUCCUCGGCCUGUUCAGAGCCGGUAGACGACUGCAUUUGAAGAUGUACGACCUCCUCUCGAGCACGAUGCUGGGAAUUAUGCUGAUUGCGAUUUCCUUCAUUUACAGCCUGUUCUGA